AUGCACCAUCUCUCAGGACUGCCUCACAGAUGUUUCCACAACCUCUCUUCCAAAUACGGACCAGUGUUACUUCUUCGACUCGGGUUUGUUCCAGUUGUCGUGAUCUCCUCGAGCGAAGCAGCUGAAGCAGUUCUCAAAACUCACGACUUGGACUGUUGCAGCCGACCAAAGACGGUCGGGAUGGGGAAGCUCUCUUACGGUUUCAAAGACAUCACUUUCGCGCCGUACGGUUCGUAUUGGCGCGAAAUGCGGAAACUUGCGGUCAUCGAGCUUUUCAGCCUCAAAAAGGUUCAGUCUUUUAGGUAUAUCAGAGAGGAAGAGGUCGGAUUCGUGGUGAAGAAACUGUCGGAAUCGGCAUUGACACAGUCCUCUGUGGACUUAAGCAAAACCUUCUUCUCACUCACCGCAAGCAUCAUUUGUCGAGUAGCUUUAGGUCAGAACUUCAACGACAGUGGCUUCUUCAUCGAUCAGGAGAGGAUCGAAGAACUUGUUACCGAAUCUACGAUAGCUCUAGGGACUUUCACUUUCUCUGACUUCUUCCCUGGUGGAGUUGGAAGAUUCGUUGACUGGUUGUUUCAAAGGCACAAGAGGAUCAACAAAGUCUUUAGAGAGCUUGAUGCUUUUUACCAGCAUGUGAUUGAUGAUCACUUGAAGCCAGAAGGAAGGAAAAAUCCGGAUAUUGUUUCCUUGAUGUUGGAUAUAAUUGAUAAACAUGGAAAUGAAGAUUCUUUCAAACUCAAUAUGGAUAAUCUCAAGGCAAUCCUCAUGGAUGUGUUUCUCGCGGGGAUAGAUACAAGUGCUGUGACUAUGAUAUGGGCAAUGACAGAGCUCGUUAGAAACCCUAGAGUGAUGAAGAAGGCACAAGAAGCUAUUCGAACCACAUUAGGUCACAAAAGAGAAAGAAUCACUGAAGAUGAUCUUGACAAAGUUGAUUACUUGAAGCUCAUAAUCAAGGAAACGUUCAGGUUACAUCCAGCACUUCCAUUUAUAAUCCCAAGGGACACAAUGUCACACAUCAAGAUCCAAGGCUACGAUAUUCCACCCAAAACGCAGAUCCAAAUCAACGUGUGGACCAUCGGACGUGACCCUAGUCGUUGGACCGACCCUGAAGAAUUCAUCCCUGAACGGUUUGCGGAUAGUUCUGUGGAUUUUAGAGGACAGCACUUUGAGCUGUUACCGUUUGGUUCAGGACGAAGGAUGUGUCCAGCGAUGCCAAUGGGGGUUGCUACGGUGGAGCUAGGGUUGAUGAAUUUGCUUUACUUUUUCGAUUGGGGAUUGCCUGAUGGUAUGAAAAGUGGAGACGUUGACAUGGAAGAAGCUGGUAAUAUCUCCAUUGUCAAGAAGCUACCUCUUCAACUUGUGCCCAUUCAACAUUAUUGA